GCAGUUAACUGUUGAAGAUAUAGCUGUAUUUGCAAAUCUAGCACAACGUAAGUUUUUCAAAGUGCUAAUGGACCUUAGUAUUCUAAUCAACUCUCAUUUCCCCAUUUUGCAAUUAGGUUAGCCUAAAGAGGAACUGGUGGUUUUAAGAGAUUUUUUUUGUUUCAGCAACUGCUUUCUUUCCUUUUGGUUCAGUUUGCACCAAGCUCGCUGGCCUGCUGCUUAGGGGUGGCGUAGGGCUGGGGCUGUCUGAGCCAUGAACAGCAUCAGGGGUGCCAUCCUCUUCUGGGCAGUGGCAGCAUGGGCUAAAACGGACCAGCCUUUGGGAAAGACAGAUGAGGCUGGAUUUCAAAAAUGCAAGGAUGCCUUAAAACUACCUGUUCUGGAAGUCUUACCUGGAGGGGGCUGGGAUAAUUUGCGGAAUGUGGACAUGGGACUGGUGAUGAACUUGACUUACACCAACUGCAGGACCACAGAGGAUGGGCAGUACAUCAUCCCUGAUGAAAUCUUCACCAUUGCCCAGAAAGAGAGCAACCUGGAGAUGAACUCAGAAAUCCUGGAUUCCUGGGUGAAUUACCAGAGUAGCACCUCCUACUCCAUCAACCUGGAACUCUCCCUUUUUUCCAAAGUCAAUGGCAAGUUCUCCUCUGAGUUCCAGAGGAUGAAGACCCUUCAAGUGAAGGACCAAGCUGUCACUACCCGGGUUCAGGUAAGAAACCUGGUCUACACAGUCAAAAUCAACCCAGCUUCAGAACUAAGCAGGGGGUUUAAGAAGGAGCUCAUGGACAUCUCUGACCGUCUGGAAAACAACCAGACACGGAUGGCCACCUACUUGGCAGAACUCCUGGUUCUCAAUUAUGGCACCCAUGUCAUCACCAGUGUGGAUGCUGGGGCUGCUCUCAUUCAGGAGGACCACAUCAGAGCCUCCUUCCUGCAGGAUAGCGAGAGUGGCCAGAGUGCAAUGACUGCAUCUGCUGGUGCUGCCUUCCUAGACAUUGUGAACUUCAAAUUUGAGGAGAACUACACCUCAAAGAAUGCCUUCAGCAAGAGCUACGUCUCAAACCGAACGAACUCCAGGGUGCAAAGCAUUGGAGGGAUUCCUUUUUACCCAGGCAUCACCCUCCAGGUUUGGCAACAGGGCAUUACCAACCACCUGGUGGCUGUAGACCGCACUGGCCUGCCUCUGUAUUUCUUCAUCAACCCCAACACGCUGCCUGACUUGCCAGGGCCCUUGGUGAAGAAGUUGUCUAAGACGGUGGAAGCAGCUGUGAAACGCUAUUACACGUUCAACACCUACCCUGGAUGCACAGAUUUCAAUUCACCCAACUUCAACUUUCAGGCCAACACUGAUGAUGGCUCUUGUGAGGGGAAAAUGACCAAUUUCUCCUUUGGCGGAGUUUAUCAGGAAUGCACCCAGUUCUCAGGAAAUGAUGUUGUCCAACUCUGCCAAAACUUGGAGCAGAAGAAUCCACUCACUGGCGAUUUUUCCUGCCCUUCUGGCUACUCCCCAGUCCGCCUGCUAUCCCAGAUCCAUGAGGAGGGUUACAACCACCUGGAGUGUCAACGGAAGUGCACCCUUGUCAUCUUCUGCAAGACGGUGUGUGAAGAUGUGUUCCGGGUGGCAAAGGCCAAAUUUAGGGCUUUUUGGUGUGCAGCCACUGGCCAAGUACCAGAAAACUCAGGACUACUUUUCGGGGGCCUCUUCAGCGGUAAGAGCAUAAACCCUUUGACAAAUGCACAGUCAUGCCCAGCUGGCUAUAUUCCAUUGAGCCUUUUUGAAAACCUCAAGGUGUGUGCCUCUCAGGACUUUGAGUUGGGAUAUAGGUUUUCAGUCCCCUUUGGUGGGUUCUUUAGCUGUGCAGCCGGGAACCCCUUGGUGGAUUCUGCCACAUCCAGAGAUGUAGGGGCACCUUCUCUAAAAAAGUGUCCUGGGGGCUUCAGCCAACACCUAGCCGUCAUCAGCGAUGGGUGCCAAGUGUCCUACUGUGUCAAGUCCGGGCUUUUUACGGGAGGGUCUCUGCCCCCUGCCAGGCUCCCACCUUACACCCGGCCACCCCUCAUGAGCCAGGCUGCCACCAACACUGUCAUAGUGACUAAUACUGAGACCGCAAGUUCCUGGAUUAAAGAUUCCCAGACCCACCAGUGGAGGCUGGGAGAGCCAUUAGAGCUGCGCAAGGCCAUGAAGGUCAUCCAUGAGGACGGUAGUGGCCUGUCAGGAGGAGCAGCAGCUGGGGUCACAGUGGGUGUCACUGCUGUCCUGGCAGCUGUCAUUGCCCUGGCCAUCUACGGCAACCGCAAGUAUAAGAAGAGGGAAUACCAGGCAUUAGAAGGUGAGAGGCAGAGUUUGGCUCCCGGUGCUACAGAAACUAGCGAUACCCCUGACCAAGACCACGAGCAGAGCCCAGCCUAAAUCUCUCCCAAGAAACUGUUUCUCAUCUCCAGCCAGAGCUUCAAGCAUGAAUUUCAUUCCUUCUCUCUCCACUUCUGCCGUCCUAACUAUUGAAGUGGCAAGUGCAACAAAAAGCAGGUAUAAUUUUGUGACAUCCUUGGGUCUCUGGGCCAGGAAAUUAAUAGAGCUACAUGAACAAGUUUGGGGUUGGGGUUGGGGAGCAGUUGUGACUUUUUAAGCAAAAGUCAUUCUGGAGACUAAAGCGAGAAAGGGUUGUCUUUUCUCUAAGUGUGUCAUUAAUUAUCUUCACCUGAAUGCAUCCUUGUAAAAAGAGAGGAGAGUGAAUGCUGACAUUGGACUUGGACGCUAUGCAUUUAAUCUGAGGUCAGCUGGGUUUCCAAUUCAUGAGCUGCAAGAAUUUCUGUCUAUAAGUGUUACCCUCCCACUAUUUUGUUUUUUUAAAAAAGCUGUCUGAAAUUCAUGCUCCUGGAGGCUGACAAGACCCCCAGAAGACCCUGGAAGUCCUGCUUGGCCACUGCUUUUCACCUUUGAGGGCUGAUACUGAUGGACUGUGUCAUCUCAACAUCAUCUGAACAGAAAGAUGUUGCCUGUACCCAGCCCAUUUAUUCCAACUUGCCAACAGUCAAGACUUACUUAGACCAGGCCACUCUUGGACUGCAGACUAGUGUCAUAAAGUUUUCAGAAAAUAUUUUAACUUAUAAACUUCCAUUAGGAGGUCAAGGGGGAGAGAAUGGUUUAGAGACAAGGAGUGAGUGAAGAAAGGGUAAAAACUGGAAAAGAUUCUGGUGCUCAGGGGAAAUUGGAAUUCUUACCCACAACCAACUACCUGGUUUCUUCCUCAUCAUAAUUGGGGCAAAGAAAGAAGCCACAGAUUUGGAUAGAACAAGCAUUUCAGUUUCCUGGUCUAUGUUCCCAAAGUAUAACCCCUUCCUCUUCCAUGAGUGGCCGUUAGCCUUCCCGUCUUCCCAUCACAUGCACACAUCCCCCCAAACACACACACACAUACACACACACACACACCACAUUCCAACAGGAAGUCUGCAUUUUUCUGGGGGUGGGAGACAAGGAAAAAUGUAAAAAGUCAAAGUAAGCCCACACCUAAGUAUUACUUCCUCCCUUAAACCAAAACAGAGUAAAAAGCACCAAUUACGUACCCUACCGUUAUUUCUUCCAGCAGAAAGGAGGUUGAUGUGAUCAGAUCCAUGUUUUUAAAUGAAACAAAAAAGACAUCAACAACAUUUGUGACACAUUUAUUUUCAGUUCCAGGCUGACUUCCCCGGGGCACCUAGCAGGAUGCAUAAUUGUGACCUGGCAUUUGGGGCUUUGCCCGAUUUUAAUGCUAAUCUCACCUAAUUGUAAUUACCGGGGUGAAUCUGUUAAUGUUCCUCCACAACAUUUCUUCACCAAAUCACACGUCAUUAGUGAGUUAUCGUCUGUGAAGGAUAAUUUGUCCUCUCCUAGUUAACAUUCACAAUCAAGAGUUUAGGUUUACAAUAGGUCCUUCUCCUGAGGAGCUUGAAGCACCUCAGCCUGUGGGAAGAUGGGAGGAUACUCAUUCAUCUCCCACUAUGAUACAGAGAAGAGAAGUGAAUCACAGAAUUUGAGGUCUGUUCUCCUGGCUACUCAGCCAGCGACACCGAUUUCUACAACCUCUUCACUUGACCCUGCCUCUUAAGCAUUAAAAUGUUCUCCUAAACCUCUGGGUGUUUUGUGGGUAAGUUUCAGCCAAGCUAACCACUUUUCUGCAAAUACUAACUUUCCCAUGAAUUCUUUGAAGAUUACUGAGUCAGAGAGAUGAAGUAUAGUCUAUAGGUUUCUAGAUUUUUAAUGCACUAACCGUUGAAAUAAAAAGCUCUUCACAAACUUGUAUUUCUAAUAACAAAAUUGCACAUAAAUAUGCAUUAAAAUAUGUAUUUAAGGAACACUC